GUGACCUGUCAGUGUCAAAAAUUCUCUUCAGUCAAAUUGGUUGUCAACAAUAGAAAAUUGUCUUCAUUUGUUUUUAUUAUUUUAAUUAAUUUAAAAUUUAAAAUUAUAGUUAGAAAUAAUUAGAUAGUAAUGAAAAAGUGAAUUUUACUUCUAAACCAAAAUGGGUAAACACAAAAUGAUUGCAAAAAGCUGUCCAAAAUGCGAGUUACAGGUAGCAGUGGCAUCCAAGUCCUGUAAAUGUGGGCACACAUUCUUCGCUGCUCGACGAGGAGCGGACUGUCUCCCCGCUGUAGAAGAUAUAAGGAGACGCACGGGUAGAGUGCGGAGAUCUCAACCACAGUUCUAUGAUGCUCAGCAUUACCAGAAACAGAUCAAGAGAAGGUCUCCAAAAAAGAGGUCCUUAUCACGUUCAAUGGAUGAAGAUACAAAACCAAAGGAUAAAAAUGAAAGCGCUCGCGCCCGCCGUCGUCGCGCCCUCCGUCGUGCCCAACGACCCCCGCCCGGCAAUAACAACGGCGAAAGGACUAGAGACCCCACACCGCAACUAAGACCCCCACAACUAGCAAGAUGUCGCCUCAUAUUACAAGAAAUUAAUAGAAAAAUAUCUUCUGUCACAUGGCAACCCCCGGCCGAUAUGUAGCUUAAUAAAAUAAAAUAAAAAAGAAUUUAUAAAUAUGUAUUGUACCAUAUUGUCAUGGGUUUUAUUCGUCCUAGGGGUUAUAAGAGGGGAUAAUAAAUUUAAAAAA